AGAAAAGGCUCUUCCCCAGGAGCAGCACGGACCCCAGCCCAAAAUGGAAACCACAACCGGCAAGCGGCCGCAAGCGGAAAGCGAGGAAGGGGAAGCCGCGGUGGCACCACAUAAAGCUGCCACCCGGCAGAACCCCCAGCACAGCGCCCACCCGCACCACCACCGAGACGCGGCACGCUCCUGCCCAGCACCCCCCAGCCAGCACCCACAGCCCCACCAUGCCUACGCCCGCAACCCCACAGCCCCGCCUGGGCUGCGGCGCCCCGGCGCUCCUGCUCCUCUUGACGGCUCUCGCCACCGGCCUCGCCUGCCACCACCGGCCUGCCCGCGAUGACACCUUCCCCUGGCGCAGCCUCCAGCUCCUCCAGGCCAUGGCUCCCAGCCCCACACCGCCCUGCCAACACCAGCAGGCGCCCCUCUUCCCCGACACCCUCCUGCACAUCAGCCACCCGCAGCAAGCCGCCGCCACCGCCCUCCGCAUCCUCCAGCACCUCUUCCACACCCUCAGCAGCCCCAGCACCCCCCAGCACUGGCACAACGAGCCACGCCACCAGCUCCUCAACAGCCUCCAGCACCGCAUCCAGCGCCUCCAGCACUGCCUGACGGACAACGCCACGCUCUUCCCGGGACAAGGGCCUCGCAGCCCGCUGCUCACCGUCAACAAAUACUUCCGACACAUCCAGGACUUCCUGCGCACCCACAACCACAGCGCCUGCGCCUGGGACCACGUCCGCCUCGAAGCUCGCCUCUGCUUCCAGCACCUGCACAACCUCACCCGCACCGUGCCCAAUUAGCCCAGCGACCCCACGCUCCCGCACCGCCCCGACACCAGCAACACCGGGGCAGCGCCCGCGCGCACCC